AACACACUCACACACUGCCUGUGCUUUAUACCAUGCCAGCCAUUCAGAGCAGCGGAACUGGCUGAGAGAGAGAGAGAGAGAGAGAGAGAGAGCUUAUAUAACGCCAGCUCUGGGAAAUGCUGGAGAGGUGUGUGUGUGUGUGUGUGUGUGUGUGUGCGCGCGCGCGCGCGUCUCAUUUGCAUUGGAUCUACGCGUCGCAGCUCCACUGGUCUAACUGGAGACGGGGGCCGUUUGUCGGACACUGAGCUCGGGGAGAUCGCUCGACGCGCUCCGCCGCCGGAGGUAAGCCUCGGUCAAACCGCCCCUCUCCUGUAAAUGGAGGCACGGCAGAGGGCUUUUUAAGAUGGAAGAUCUCGGCUCCUUAAAUAGGUGACGCGUGUUGACUCUCGCCGCGGGUUCGUUUAUCCCUCCAGCUCCGCUCCAUCCCUCCGGACCGGAGCAGGCAGCGCCUCGGACACGGCGCGACGCGGCGCGCGUCGUGAGCGAUGUCGUGCGUAAAAAACGUGUUUGAGUUGAACAUAACUUGGGCACUCGGACUCGAUCGGAGACUGCUCAUUGUGCAAACUGUUGCUUCGAUGCUCCGGAGCACUACCGCGCCCCUACUUCUUCCAUCUGUUCGUUUGGAGGCGGGGGACGGUGCAGUCGGAACGAGACGGGCCUGAUGGAAGUGGAGCUGAAGGACACGACGGUGUGUGAAAGAGGCACCUCCUGAGUGGUGUGCAGACGUAGCUGUCACAUGGGAACUUGCAUAGGCUGUAAGUCCAACAAGCUGUAUCAAAGAGGCGCUUUCAAGAAAAACCAUCAUGUCAGGGCAAAGACACAGACAGGAUCAGGACAGGGCUACACUCCACAAACCAUCUAUCUAUUCAUAUCACCCUGUGAUCACCAGGGUGCUUCACAUCCGAAUUACUUGUGUGUGUUUUACCAGUUAUCCAUCUCUCCACAGAAGAGUCUGCGUACUGCUACGAUAAUCACCAAUUUCUUUUCCUCACGGAUCAUCCUGGAGUCAGUGACCAGAGCCCGGAUAUAGCGUCUCUCACUGUCGUAACCCAUUCAGCGUCUCACUGCUGCUAUUGGUCAUUGUGGCAAUGAAGGACCAAGACGCAGUGUCUACACCAUCGCCAGACGUCGCCAGACUUUACAAAAAUAAAGAAAUUGUAGGUAGGCAUCUAUUUCUCGGUCACACUCAAUUAAAUGGCCUUCCACUGAGGUGAGGGACAGUGUACGGCGUGGGAAUGGUGGCGCCUCUCUACAAGCUGCACUGCCUCUUGAAGAGGGCUCAAAUGCUGCUGCUCUGCCUGGGCAUCGCCUAUCUGAUGGCAGGCAGCAUCCUACUCCUGCAGCGCUCCACCAUCAGAGUCGCACAGCCAAACCUCGCCAGCCUGCCGCCCAUGCUGUCCAUCGCAGCACCUCCUACCGCCCUCAGGAUUGCAGGCCUGGCCGUGAGGGCACGCUCCAGAUGGGCCGCCAUUCAGUCUGUCUCUGGAGGGGGAGCCAAGGCAGGACGACACUGGCCUGCUUCCCGGAGCCUUGGGGUCCAACACUUGCAUCGCCGCUGGUUUCACAGUCUGCUGCCAGAGAGUCCAGAGCAGAGAGUCUCUAUCCACAGGAACAGCCGGCACAAGGGAACCUACAUCGGUUGCUUUCUGCACAACGCCAGUGAUCGAGCCCUGGGAGGAACCAUGCUUUAUGACCUGCGUAAAAUGACCAGUUCUCUGUGUCAGGACACCUGCUCAGAAAGUGGUUACCAGUUUGCAGGUCUGGAGUAUGGAGCUGAAUGCCAUUGCGGGAACCGGAUCAGCAGCCUACGGGCUCCUGAGGAGGACUGUGGCCUGGUCUGUCGGGGUGAGAGAGGGUCUCCAUGUGGCGGCGUGGGCCGACUCUCCAUUUACAAGGUGGAGGAGCAGCUGCCGGGUCACAGAAAAUUCAGAAAUGUUCACUACCGUGGCUGCUUCAAGUUGCCGAAGAGCACAGUGGACACUUUCCCUGUCCACUCCUUUCAGCCCAACCUAACAACACAGUCCUGCAUCGAGACCUGCACUGAUAAGGAGCUGCCACUGGCUGUGUUCAAGAAGCUGCACUGUUUCUGCACAUGGACGUCGCCUACGUUCAGUCUCAGCUCUGCUCUGAACAACAGCAGCAACUCCACACCCACAGCACCCACUGACCAUGACCACUACCGGGUGUAUCACACACCUGUGCUUGACUCCAGGUGCAAAGACAGGAUGUUUCUGCCUCAGAGAUCCAACUCCCUGGUGGCUCUUUCCAGUUUUCCUGGUGCAGGCAACACCUGGGUACGGCACCUCAUCGAGCUCGUGACCGGCUACUACACUGGCAGCUUCUAUUUCGAUGGCACGCUAUACAACAGAGGUUUUAAAGGAGAGAAGGACUACUGGAAGAGUGGCCGCAGCAUCUGUGUGAAGACCCACGAGAGCGGUCAGAAAGAGAUUGAGAUGUUUGACUCUGCAAUCUUACUGAUUCGAAACCCUUACCGCUCCCUCAUGGCUGAAUUCAACCGCAAGUGCGCCGGACAUUUAGGACACGCCACAGAUACACAGUGGAAAAGUAAAGAAUGGCCAGAAUUUGUCUCCAGCUAUGCCCCCUGGUGGGCGUCCCAUGCACUGAGCUGGCUGAAGUUUGGACGCCGCCUGCUGGUGGUGCAUUACGAGGAGCUGCAUAGAGCUCUACUCCCUCAGCUCAGUCUAAUCACGGGCUUCCUAAAUGUCACUAUGACUGAGGAGAGGCUGAUUUGUGCGCAGAGCAACCAGGACGGGCAUUUCAAGCGCUCUGUGGCACAGCAGCCGUCCUUUGACCCCUUCACCCCUGACAUGAAACAGACGAUUGACUCCUUCAUCCAUACUGUCGACCAGGCACUGCACAGCAGGAACUUUAGCGGACUUCCACAGGAAUACCUCCCCAGAUGAUGAUCUGAAAAGGUCAUAAAUCCAGUCCACCCGGGUCGUUCUUCAUCGAGCGCUCGGUGGGAACAGACACACACUGGCUGAUAGAAGUGGACCACCGGACUGUUUGAUAGUCCAGACUCACUGUGAACAACUGUAGAGUCAUGGAAACACAGCAGAGUUCAACGAUGAAAAUUCAUUGCAAAAAUCCACUGGUGAACAGUGAUGAAAGCCUCAGGGCCGGGGACUGCCUCUCUGCGAGCAGCAAAGAUGACGAAUACUCAGAGAGGAUUUAACAUGAUUUGUUGGACUGCUGCGUUGGGAUUAUCCAGCAAAGUGCCCGACUGCAAAGAUAUGAGAGUGUAAAUCCAACAUGGACUCAUUUCGGUUAAAGAAGGGUUUUCUGUGACUCUUUAAAAAUUCACUUUAGAACAUAUGUAUUAUGUUUCUAGCAUACAGCCAUGUUAAAAAAAAUGACAUGUCAUACAAAGACACAUAAUAGACACAGAAGCAUUAUUCUGAUUGCGCUGUGUUUAUGGGAGUCUUUUUCUGUGUGAAUAGCUAAAUUAUGUGACUGAAUGGACUGAAUGAAAAAAACUGCUUCAAACUGUAAAUGACACCCAGCUGAUUCAUUGAUGACUAUUCUAUUUUAUUAAAUGCGUUCGGUUUGAAUUGAA